AACGAUGCCUUGGCCCGAAGCUUCUUGGAGUGUUUCCCUGGUGGUCGUUUUGAGCAGUUCAUUCCCAGCCGACCGCUUACAUGUCUCGAAAUCAGCAAACCUGCAAUUGGACGUAUAAUUGCGCCAAUGUUGGCACGAGUGCACACCCUUGAUGUGCCGAUUACUAAGGAGCCAGUGCAUUACCUUGAUGUGCCGAGUACUAAGAGCCAGAAGUGGAUGACCUGCGCUCGUUGUCUGGAAGGAAACAUUCUCCUCUGCGAUGAAUGUAAACUCAAUGAUGACGGCUGCAUAAAGCGUCCAAAUGAUGGCAAUCAUGAAGCGGAUCCUUUGGUUUUCAUCGAUUUCGAAUACUGUAGCUACAAUUAC